AUGGCCAGUCUAAACGCUGUUCUGUUGCCCAAGGCGGCAACCGCCUCCGCAUCAAUCUCGGCGCUCACUCCGCGGGCCCUCGGCAGCAAGUCGCACAUUGCACAGUCGCUGCCCGUUAGGUCUCCCGCGUCUCGCGCUCCAUCGCACGCGCAACUCGCGCCGCGAUGCGUGCAGGCGGCCGAACCGCCGCUAACGGUGCCUAAAGCGUCGUCGAGCCCGGCGGAGCCGUGGUCGCCGGGCAGCUGGCAGACGCGCAAGGCGUGGCAGCAGCCCGAGUACCCCGACAAGGCGGCGCUCGCCGCCGCGCUCGAGGAGCUCGAGCGGUGCCCGCCGCUGGUGUUCGCGGGCGAGGCGCGCGCGCUGGAGGAGAAGCUGGGGGAGGCGGCUCUGGGGAAGGCGUUCCUGCUGCAGGGCGGCGACUGCGCGGAGAGCUUCAAGGAGUUCCGCGCGGACAACAUCCGCGACACCUUCCGCGUGCUGCUGCAGAUGGCCGUCGUCCUCACCUUCGGCGGCCAGAUGCCCGUCAUCAAGGUUGGGCGCAUGGCGGGGCAGUUCGCCAAGCCGCGUUCCGACCCCCUGGAGACGCGCGGCGACGUGAGCCUGCCGUCGUACCGCGGCGACAACAUCAACGGCGACGCUUUCACACCCGAGUCGCGCGUGCCCGACCCGCAGCGGCUGGUGAAGGCGUACAGCCAGGCGGCGGCGACGCUGAACCUGCUGCGCGCGUUCGCGACGGGCGGGUACGCGGCGAUGGAGCGCGUGAGCAAGUGGGAGCUCGCCUUCAUGGAGAACCAGGAGCAGGCCUCAAGGUACGAGGAGCUGGCGUCGCGCGUGGAUGAGGCGCUGGGGUUCAUGGCGGCGUGCGGGCUGACGGCGGAGCACCCCAGCAUGCGCUCCACCGACUUCUUCACGUCGCACGAGUGCCUGCUGCUUCCCUACGAGCAGGCGCUCACCCGUAUCGACUCCACCACCGGCCGCUGGUACGACUGUUCGGCGCACUUCAUCUGGGUGGGCGAGCGCACACGGCAGCUGGACGGCGCACACAUUGAGUUCCUCCGCGGCGUCGCCAACCCCCUCGGCAUCAAGGUGAGUGACAAGAUGCCCCCGCAGGACCUGGUGGAGGUGUGCCACAUCCUCAACCCCGACAACCGCCCCGGCCGCCUCACAGUGAUCGUGCGCAUGGGCGCGGAGAAGCUGCGCGAGAAGCUGCCGGCGCUGGUGCAGGCGGUGGAGCGCGAGGGGCUGGUGGUGACGUGGGUGUCCGACCCCAUGCACGGCAACACCAUCAAGGCUCCCAACGGCUACAAGACCCGCGACUUCAACUCCAUCCGGGCGGAGCUGAGGGCGUUCUUUGACGUGCAUGAGGAGCUGGGAACACACCCAGGGGGAGUGCACCUGGAGAUGACGGGGCAGAACGUGACGGAGUGUGUGGGCGGCACCAAGGAGGUGACCUUUGACGACCUGUCGUCGCGCUACCACACGCACUGCGACCCGCGCCUCAACGCCUCCCAGAGCCUCGAGCUCGCCUUCCUCAUCGCUGACCGCCUCCGACGAGGCCGCGGCAAGCCCUCGCUCUGGCUCCAGGAGUGA